AUGGCGGUGUCAGCUCGGAUUCUUGUAACGUUGCUGGCCCUGGCCUGCGUCGUCUCUGCUCAGGACCUGGAGAACAAGGUGACGGAGUUUCUGCGGAUGUUCGAUGAAGAGGCCACGCAGCGUAUGUACAAUUACUCUCUGGCAUCAUGGGCCUACAACACCGACAUCUCCCAGGAGAACUCGGACAAGCUGUCAGUACAGGGGCAAAUCUGGGGCAGUUUUUACACUCAGAUGUCAGAAGAGUCCCUGGAAUUCCCCAUCGACCAGAUCAAAGAUCCAGUAAUCAAACUGCAGCUCAUCUCCCUUCAGGACAAAGGCGCCGGUGCUCUUUCCCCGGACAAGGCCGCACGCCUGAGUAAAAUCAUGAGUGACAUGAAUACAAUCUACAGCACAGCCAAAGUGUGCCUGAAGGACGAACCCCUGAACUGCCAGACUUUGGAGCCAGGCCUGGAGGACGUGAUGUUCAACAGCCGGGACUACGCCAAGCGCCUGCACGUGUGGGAGGGCUGGAGGAAGGAGACCGGGAAGAAGAUGAGGCUCCUGUAUGAAGAUUAUGUGGAUCUGAAGAAUGAAGCUUCCAAACUAAACGGUUUUGAAGACUACGGAUCUUACUGGAGAUACAACUAUGAGACGAUCGAGGAGGAUCCUCAGUACAAGUACACAAGAGACCAGCUCAUGGGAGACGUGCGUUCAAUAUACAAAGAGAUCCUGCCAUUAUACAAGGAGCUGCAUGCCUAUGUGAGAUCCAAGCUCAUUGAGGUCUACCCAGGACACAUUGAUGCACAAGGACAGCUGCCAGCCCACCUGCUGGGUGACAUGUGGGGAAGAUUCUGGACCAACCUUUACCCUCUGACUGUUCCCUACCCUGACAAACCAGAUAUUGAUGUCAGUCAGACUAUGAUGGAGCAGGGCUGGAGUGAAAUGCGUCUUUUCAAAGAAGCAGAGAAGUUCUUCAUGUCCGUGGGCCUGUACGAGAUGUUUCCGAACUUCUGGAACGACUCGAUGCUGGUGAAGCCUGACGGACGCCAGGUGGUGUGUCACCCCACAGCCUGGGACAUGGGGAACAGGGAAGACUUUAGGAUCAAAAUGUGCAGCAAGGUCAACAUGGAGGACUUCCUCACCGUGCACCACGAGAUGGGCCACAACCAGUACCAGAUGGCCUACCGCAACCUGUCCUACCUCCUGAGGGACGGAGCCAACGAGGGGUUCCACGAGGCCGUAGGAGAAAUCAUGUCCCUUUCUGCUGCAACGCCCAAACACCUGCAGAGCCUGGGCCUCCUGCCUGAUAACUUCACUUAUGAUAAAGAAACAGAGAUCAACUUCCUGCUCAAACAGGCGCUCACCAUCGUGGCCACGCUGCCGUUCACCUACAUGCUGGAGGAGUGGAGGUGGCAGGUGUUCGCAGGGAACAUCCCCAAGGACCAAUGGAUGCAGCGGUGGUGGGAGAUGAAGAGGGACAUGGUGGGGGUGAUGGAGCCGGUGCCGAGAGAUGAGACUUACUGUGAUCCUCCUGCUCUGUUCCAUGUGUCUGGAGACUACUCCUUCAUCAGGUACUUCACCAGAACCAUCUACCAGUUUCAGUUCCAAAAAGCGCUGUGUGAUGCUGCUGGUCACACUGGUCCCUUGUCUUCAUGUGAUAUUACCAAUUCUACCGUAGCAGGAACCAAGCUGAGGGACAUGUUGGAGCUGGGGAGGUCCCAGUCCUGGACCAGGGCCUUGCACACGAUAUCUGGUGAUGUCAAGAUGGACGCCCAGCCCCUGCUGGAUUAUUUUGCAACGCUUCACGAGUGGCUGAAGGCAGACAACAAGAAAAACAACAGGAUGGUCGGCUGGCAGUCAGCAAUAGAUCAACUUUCCCAGUAUGCCAUCAAAGUACGAAUAAGUUUGAAGGCCGCCAUGGGAGACAACGCUUAUUCCUGGAACGACAACGAGCAGUACCUGUUCAAGGCCAACAUUGCCUACGCACUGCGGCAGUACUACGAACAAAAGAACGAGACACUUUCCUUCACGACAGAGAACGUCCACACCUUCAACGAGACUGAGAGAAUCUCCUUCUACAUUAUGGUCACCAAACCGAAAACCACUGUGUACAUCCCAAAGAAUGACUUGGAGGCUGCCAUCCGGUUAUCCAGAGGUCGAAUCAACGACGCCUUCCAAUUGGAUGACAAGACGCUGUACUUCGCGGGUAUCCCAGUGACACUGGCCCCUCCUGUGGAGCAGCCAGUGGAGGUGUGGCUGGUGGUGUUUGGGGUGGUCAUGGGAGCCGUGGUGAUGCUGGGCACCUACCUCAUCAUCUCCGGUGUCAGAGAACGUAAAAGGAAAUCUGCAAAGCCAGCCACGGAGAAUCCGUACGACGAAGACAACGAGGGGAUAACCAACAAAGCCUUUGACAACCAUGAUGAUGAACAAACUGGAUUCUGAUCGCACACAGACCGGAGGGAGGGUUUCCUCAGCUCGAUCAACAGUGGACUGAGAGUCACCAUCCAACAAUAAGAAAUACAAAUUAUUUUACAUAGCCUUUCCCUCUUUUACCGAUCUCUCAUCAAACAAAAACAUAACAAAAUGUGAAUAAGUGUAAAGAUUGUGUUUGUCUGGAAUUCUGACCCUCACUGUUAUUGUACUGUCAAUACCCCUGUAAGAAAAAGAAAACUACACCUAAUUGUAGUAAAGUAAGCAUAUUUACUAUAUUUCAAGUAGUGCGCUAUAAUGAGUGAAGACAUCAUAAAUAUAAGGUACACACAAAAUAAGAUAAAAGGAAAAUAAAAAUGUUGUAUUUUCAGUUUUAUGAUUUGUAGAACAUUAUAUUUGUAUACUUCAUCCGAUUCUUCUUUAUUUCUUACCUCUGUGAUGUGGAUAUUCAGAUAUUUUCAGUCUAAGUCAAAUUAAUGGCAGUUGAACAAGAAUUUAUUUUUGAAAUACUAUAAAAUGCUUUUCAAAUUGCAAAUUAAAUGUAGUUGUGAUGUUCACCUGGUUGUGGAGGUAAGACAACAAUCAGAUUGUAUUCAUGUUUGUGCUUCUAUUUGAAUUCAUGUAUAUACUUCAUAUGAUAUAAUUAGAAACAACUAAAUAAAUACAAUGAUUAUCACAUUGCCUGUUUAAAUAUAUUUAUGCAUAUAUAAAUAUUUUGUUACAUAAACAAAAAGUUCACUUUAAGCAACACACUGCCCUACAACAAAAAAUGUAGCUGAAGUCUGGACCAAACACAUACACACAUACAAAUAGAUUCAGUUUCCUUCCACAGUUGUAAGUAAGUUAUAAGUUGUAUUAAUAUCUAUGCACCUCUGCAAUUACAGAAUUUGACACAAUGACAUUUGGUUCUGUUACCGGACCAGUGGCUCAAACAUAAGAGCUCCUCAAAUGUUUGUCUUUAUUCUAAUGUCACCUUCAAGUCACAAAUACAAGUCACAAGAAAAAAAAAUUAUGUUUAAAGGAGACAUAUAAUUCUGAUAUUCAGAUUGACAGUUUUAAUUUGAGGUAUAAAAUGCUCUGUCUCACAGUGUUGAUUGCUGCAGCUCCUCUUUUCAGCCUCUGUCUGAAACACUUGGUUUUAGCUGCUGUCUCUUUAAGGCCCU